CUGACUUGUAAGCAUCAAAAAAAACCUUCCUGUUUUAAAGCUAAAUUUUUCGUUUCUACGUCUUGAUCGGAAUAUUUACAAACUUAUCUAUUACUAUUAAUAAAUAUCUCCAAAUAACUUAGCCAUCAUUUAUGUCAUUUUACUUUCAGAACAUUAUAUUUUACUUCUAAGCAUUUAAGUUGUAAGUCAAAAAAAUGUUUAUCAGUAAUAAACUAAUAAGAACCAACACAGAGAAAUACAAACUUUCUUUGACUUUGGUUCAGUUCAAAACAUGGAUGAGCAUGGUACAGUAUGGUUCUCACCCCUAGUUCGGGAGGUAGUUCUUGGCAUUGUUUUAGAUCCAAGGUCGUUGUGUUCGAUUGAACUGAGAUUUUCUCUCCAGCUAUUUUUUAGGAAAUCUCCGGAAAAAUCCAAACUGGCGAAUCCAGAAGCUUCUACUUCAAGCGGUCAGUCAUGGCCAAUGGCGGCCGGCUCUCUGCUUCUCCUCCUCCUAAUUGCCGCUCAUGUCAUUGCUCUGGUUUACUGGGUUUUUCGACUUGCAACUGAGAAGCAGCCUCAGAGAACUAAGCGACACUAGUUCCCAGCAGGAAUCUAUCAACUUCUUCUCAUUUGGUUGGACUCCUCAUGUGCUACCAUCUUUCAACAACUACCUAAGAUCAUAUGAAGUCUAUUUUUCUCGGAGCCCGGCGGAUACAUCUUCUUUCUUGAAUACUGAUAACCGAGUGUCCUGUGUAUUAUAUACCGACUUCUCUCCUCUGCAUUGUUCUUGACUUUGAUAUGUAAGUUAAUAUUUGUGUGCUUCUGUUUCGAGAAUUUAACAAUGCAUUCUUAAACUCCUCCCAAUAUACAUGUUUGUUUUAG